UUUUAUCCGGCCCACAACCGCCUUUCCAGACCCGAAAUUGAACUGCUCUUCUUUGUUGGGUCUCUCAUAACUCAGAAGACCAUGGAGAACAAAGCCGCGACCAUGGAGAACGGUGAAAUUCCCGAAAACGCGAACGAGCAUUGCCCUGGCCCCAAAUCAGAGUCUGCAGGACAAUCUGACGCCUGCCAAGGUUGCCCCAAUCAAGAAGUUUGUGCUACAGUGCCUAAAGGCCCUGACCCAGACUUGGUUGCAAUUGCAGAAAGAUUGGCUACUGUCAAGCAUAAGAUACUAGUUUUAUCGGGGAAGGGUGGAGUUGGCAAAAGCACAUUCUCUGCCCAACUGUCAUUUGCUUUAGCAGCAAUGGACUUCCAGGUAGGUCUACUUGACAUUGACAUUUGUGGCCCGAGCAUACCCAAGAUGCUUGGCCUAGAAGGUCAAGAUGUCCACCAGAGCAACCUUGGUUGGUCUCCCGUCUAUGUUGAGUCCAACCUUGGCGUCAUGUCGAUUGGAUUCAUGCUUCCUAACCCUGAUGAAGCUGUCAUAUGGAGAGGCCCACGCAAGAAUGGGCUCAUCAAGCAAUUCCUGAAGGACGUGUACUGGGGUGAACUUGAUUUUUUGGUUGUUGAUGCUCCUCCCGGGACCUCAGACGAGCACAUCUCAAUUGUCCAAUUGCUCGAGGCUACUGGAAUAGAUGGUGCAAUUAUAGUCACCACUCCACAAGAAGUCUCCUUGAUUGAUGUGCGGAAAGAAGUGAGUUUCUGCAAGAAAGUUGGAGUUCAGGUUCUCGGGGUUGUUGAGAACAUGAGUGGCUUGUGCCAACCAGUGAUGGAUUUCAAGUUUAUGAGGAUGACGGAGACAGGUGAACAAAAAGAUGUUACAGAGUGGGUUAAGGAAUAUCUGAGAGAAAAAGCCCCAGAACUUCAAAAUUUGAUAGCUUGCAGUGAAGUCUUUGAUAGCAGUGGUGGUGGUGCAGAAAAAAUGUCUAGGGAAAUGGGUGUGCCUUUUCUUGGCAAGGUACCAUUGGACCCACAGCUCUGCAAGGCAGCUGAAGAAGGUAGAUCCUGCUUUGCUGAUAAAAAAUGCCCAGUGAGCGCUCCUGCACUGAAGAUGAUCAUAGAAAAACUAAUAGAAGAGCAUGGGUUCUCAAAAAUGUUGGUAGAUGAUAGUGCAUAGGCUAUUAGCUUUGGCUAGUGGUGCUAGUGGAUCAAAAUUUUGUCUGUGUUCUUCUGUCCCCUUUUAUCUAUAAAUGGCAUGAAUUUCAUUUGUUUGUGGCGUUUACAUUACUUUUUAAGUUAUAUGUAACAGCAGAGUUGUUUAUACAUGACCACUGGUGAAUGUAAUGACCCUUUUUUUGCUGUUUCAAUUAAAAAGAUACCCCUUCUUGUAUCUGCCACAGUAAAUCAGUGAUGGUUCCAUAA